CGUCGGCCCCCGCCCUCCCUUGACGCUCUCGCGAGAUUGGCGGCUCCUCCCUGAGUCCCGGCCCCGGCGACUCCCGUUCAGGCCCCGACCCGGCCCCGCCGCCAUGGCCGAGCCCAAGUACGCGGAGCUGCCCGGCAUCGCCAGGAACGAGCCAGAUGUUUACGAGACUAGCGAUCUCCCAGAAGACGACCAGGCGGAGUUUGAUGCGUUUGCACAAGAGCUGGAGGAGCUGACGAGCACCAGUGUGGAGCACAUCAUCGUCAAUCCCAAUGCGGCCUACGACAAGUUUAAGGACAAGCGAGUGGGCACCAAAGGGCUCGACUUCUCUGACCGGAUCAGCAAAGCCAAGCGGACUGGCUACGAGUCGGGGGAGUUUGAGAUUCUAGGGGACGGCACUGGUGUGAAAGAGACGCCCCGGCAGAAGUACCAGCGGCUGCUCCAUGAGGUUCACGAGCUGAGCACAGAGGUGGAGAAGAUACAGAGCACCGCGAAGGAGUCAGCGGCAGAGGAGAAGCUGAGCCCCGUGGUGCUCGCCAAGCAGGUCGUGGCCCUGAAGCAGCAGCUGGUCUCCACGCACCUGGAGAAGCUCUUGGGGCCGGACGCAGCUAUCAACCUGACUGACCCCGACGGAGCCCUCGCCAAGCGCCUGCUCGUUCAGCUGGAAGCGGCGAAGAGUGCCAGGGGCACCCCCGGGGCAGGGAGGAGCCCGUCGAAGGCCCCUGCGCCCGCGGGGAAUAUGGUGACCUACGAGCUGCACUCGAGACCAGAACAAGACAAAUUCUCUCAGGCUGCAAAGAUAGCGGAGCUGGAGAAGCGGCUGAGCGAGCUGGAAGCCACGGUGUGUUGCGAGCAGGACAGCCAGAAUCCCCUGGCGGUUGGGCUGCAGGGAGCCAGCCUCAUGGACACUGUGGAGAUCCUGCAGGCCAAAGUCAGCACCUUGGACGUUGCUGUUCUGGACCAGGUGGAGGCGAGGCUGCAGAGCGUCCUGGGGAAGGUGAAUGAAAUUGCCAAGCACAAGGUGGCCGUGGAGGAUGCAGACACCCAGAGCAAGGUGCAUCAGCUCUAUGAGGUCGUGCAGCGCUGGAGCCCCAUGGCCACCACCCUCCCUGCGCUGGUGCAGAGACUGGCCACUGUCAAGCAGCUGCACGAGCAAGCCAUGCAGUUUGGGCAGCUCCUGACGCACCUGGACACCACCCAGCAGAUGAUCGUCCAUUCCCUGAAGGACAACGCCACGCUGCUGACACAGGUCCAGCAGACCAUGAAGGAGAACCUGGUGGCCGUGGAGGAGAACUUCGCCAGCAUGGAUGCACGGGUGAAGCAGCUCUCCCAGUGAGCCCUGCAGCCCCCUCCCUGCGGUGCCACCCGCCCAGCUGCUGGGGGGGAGGGGGAAGAGCUCACCAGACCCUCUGCAUUACUUGUAGUGUGUCCCCCAUCCCCUGCCCUAAUGACCCAGGGUGAGGGACAGAGCCCAGGGCCUGUUUGCUGGCUAGGGGAGGAAGGAACACCCCCCUCCACCCCCCGGCUCUCUAGGCGACUCCCCAGGGGGUGGGGCUCGCGCUCAUCAACCUGUAAAAUUAUUUACUAUUAAACACUGUCUGCUCGCAA